AAGUUGUGUCAUGGCGGCACUCAGGCCUCGAGCCGGUGAGCGGAACCGAGAUGUUGAGUUUUCUGUCCGCUCGACAGUCGGGUUUGGAGGACCCUCUUCGUUUGCGGAGAGCGCAGUCCACACGGAGGGUCCUGGGACUGGAGUUAAACAAAGACAGAGAUGUUGAAAGAAUCCAUUGCAGUGGAGUUAACACUCUUGACAUUGAGCCUGUUGAAGGAAGAUACAUGUUAUCGGGUGGUUCAGAUGGUGUGAUUGUACUCUAUGACCUUGAGAACGCCAGCAAACAACCCUAUUACACAUGUAAAGCAGUGUGUUCCGUUGGCAGAAGCCAUCCUGAUGUUCACAAAUACAGCGUGGAGACUGUUCAGUGGUACCCUCAUGACACAGGCAUGUUCACUUCCAGCUCAUUCGAUAAAACUCUGAAAGUGUGGGAUACAAAUACAUUGCAGGCUGCAGAUGUGUUUAACUUUGAGGAAACGGUUUAUAGCCAUCACAUGUCUCCAGCAGCCACCAAGCACUGUCUGGUAGCAGUUGGUACUAGAGGACCCAAGGUACAACUUUGUGACUUAAAGUCUGGAUCCUGUUCUCACAUUCUACAAGGUCACAGACAAGAAAUAUUGGCAGUUUCCUGGUCACCACGCUAUGACUAUAUCUUGGCAACAGCCAGCGCUGACAGUCGAGUGAAAUUAUGGGAUGUGAGAAGAGCAUCAGGAUGUUUGCUCACUCUUGAUCAGCAUAAUGGGAAGAAGUCACAAGCUGCUGAAUCAGCAAACACUGCUCACAAUGGGAAAGUUAAUGGCUUAUGUUUUACAAGUGAUGGACUUCACCUGCUCACUGUUGGCACAGACAACCGAAUGAGGCUCUGGAAUAGCUCCAGUGGGGAGAACACACUGGUGAACUAUGGGAAGGUCUGUAUUGACAGCAGGAAAGGACUGAAGUUCACUGUCUCCUGGGGCUGCAGCUCAGAGUUUGUUUUUGUUCCAUAUGGCAGCACCAUUGCUGUCUAUGCCGUUCACUCGGGAGAGCGGCUGACUGUGCUUAAGGGACAUUAUAAGAGUGUCGACUGCUGUGUGUUCCAGCCUCAUUUCCAGGAACUGUACAGUGGUAGCAGGGAUUGCAAUAUUCUUGCUUGGGUACCAUCUUUACAUGAACCAAUACCUGACAACGAUGAUGAAGCUACGACUAAAUCCCAGUUGAAUCCAGCGUUUGUGGAUGCGUGGAGCAGCAGUGACGAAGAAGGGUGAUUUAGCCAGCCUUUACUCCUUGUCCAUCAGCAGAGUUCGUGCAGGCUUCUGCUUGGGGCUCUUCUUUUGGUUACCUUUGUUUCUGAGACAAGGUCUCACUGUGUAGCCUUGGCUAAUCUGAAGCUAGGCUGGAAUUCUGUGUGUAGACCAGAAUAGGCCCAAACUUGCAGCCAUCCCUCUGCCUCUGCUUCCCACAUGCUGGGAUUACAGGUGUGUACCACAUUGCCGUGGGUGUGUGUGUGUGUAAUUUUUUUUUUAACUCUUUAGUCAGUUUCUAAAUUUGGGAUGUUUACCUCUGUGUUUGAAAAUGAGGUUAACAUGUAUAAAACGCUGAAAUAAACUUCUCUGUGGUUUAAUUAUUGAAAACCCUUCUGUUUGAGCCCGUUUGCCUUGGUGUCAGGUCAGCUGCUGUAGGCACAGCACAGGAACAGAGGUCAUUGUUCUCAGCCAGGCCUGUAGGUCUGAUGAGUGUAGGAUGUGUCUCAGCUCUGGAUCCCCAGGCUGUGCUACCAGCUGCCCCCUUCCACCUCCAGGGGGAUUUUUAACAAGGAUAAUUAGAAGAAAAGGUAUUUUUGCAAAAGUAACAUCGCAACUCUAUUGAUAGCUCCAUGUAAUUGACUCUUCUAGCUUUCUGUCUGUUUACAGCUCAUGUCUCCUACAGUCUGAACAGUGUAUCACAUGGGCAAUCCCCUGACCACUUGUUACUUUCAAAGGGCAGCUUGUACUCAGUCCUCAUUUCCUUCCUGUCAGACUCAGCAAGAUCCUUGCUGGGGUCUGAAUUAAACAUGAAAUGUUGUAAUAAAAUUUCUAUUCUUCUCUCUUUUUCUGUGUCAA